AUGGGCGCCCCGAGCGGCGCCGUGCGGCCCGGGCCGUGGGCGCUGCUGGCGCUGCUGGCGCUGUGCGGGGCCGCCGCGCUCCCGGGGCCGCCCAGCUUCGUGCUGCUCCUGGCCGACGAUCUGGGCUUCGGCGACCUGGGUAGCUACGGGCACCCGUCGUCGGGCACGCCGCACCUGGACCGCCUGGCGGCCGGCGGGCUCCGCUUCACCGACUUCUACAGCGGCGCCGCCGUGUGCAGCCCCUCGCGGGCCGCGCUGCUCACCGGCCGCCUGCAGACGCGCUCCGGGGUCUAUCCGGGCGUGUUCAGCCCGGACUCGCGCGGCGGGCUGCCGCUCGCCGAGGUCACCGUGGCCGAGGUGCUGAAGGCCGCGGGCUACUCCACGGCCCUGGUCGGCAAGUGGCACCUGGGGCUGGGCCUCCGCGGCGCCUUCCUGCCCACGCGGCAGGGCUUCGACCACUUCCUGGGGGUGCCCUACUCGCACGACCAGGGCCCCUGCCAGAAUCUCACUUGCUUCCCGCCUGACACCAAGUGUUUUGGGACUUGUGACCAGGGCUUGGUGCCGGUCCCGCUGCUCUGGAACCAGACUAUUGUGCAGCAGCCAGUCUCCUUCCCCGAUCUAGUGCCCCGCUACAACAAGUUUGCCCGGGACUUCAUCACCGACUGUGCCCGGAAAGGCCUCCCCUUCCUGCUCUACUACGCAUCCCACCAUACGCACUACCCCCAGUUUGCAAGCCGGGAGUUCACAGGGCGGUCGCGGCGGGGCCCCUUUGGUGAUGCUCUCCUGGAGUUCGACGCCUCGGUGGGACACUUGCUGCAGGCACUGGAGGACAAUGGGCUAACAAACAGGACCCUGGUGUUUUUCACCUCUGACAAUGGCCCUUCCACCAUGCGGAUGGCACGUGGGGGCAGUUCUGGCCUCCUGAGGUGUGGGAAGGGAACAACGUAUGAAGGUGGCAUGCGGGAACCAGCAGUGGCUUACUGGCCGGGCCGCAUCACUCCAGGAGUGACCCAUGAGCUGGCGAGCACCCUGGACAUCCUGCCAACACUGACUGCCCUGGCUGGAGCAACUCUCCCCAGCGUUGCCCUGGAUGGCUAUGACUUGAGUCCAGUGCUGUUUGGCUCAGGAAAGAGUCCCCGUCAGACAAUGUUCUACUACCCACCGGCCCCUGAUCGUCUGCACGGGCCCUUUGCAGUCAGGCUUGGGAAGUACAAGGCUCAUUACUUCACACAAGGCUCCUUUCACAGUGAUACUACCCCUGACCAGGCUUGCCAUGGACUGACUCCACUGACUCCCCAUGUGCCCCCGCUGCUCUUUGAUCUGGAGUCGGACCCUGCUGAGCAUUACGAUUUGGUGCAGAGUGGUGCAGGGCCAGAAGUUCUGCAAGUGCUGAAGGAGAUCAAACUGCAGAAGGUGCUUUUUGAGCAGCGCAUGGAGUUUGGAGCAAGCCAGAUCGGGAAGGGCAGAGAUCCAGCCCUGCAGCCCUGCUGCAACCCAGACUGCACCCCCAAGCCCUCGUGCUGCCGCUGCUCCUAGACCUGUGCUGCCCCAGCCCCUUCACACUCCCACCUUGCCCCAAACCCGCCCGAGCCCUCUGCUGACAGUGCAGCCGCAGAGCAGCCAGGAGUUUGGCUCAGUGACAGCCUGGACCAUGGGGUACUGCUGUGGUGAGCUGCAUGUGCGGGAGGAUAUCAGCUCUCCUGGGGAGCGUUCAGCAGACCUUGCACUCCACAUUGGAUCUCCUGGCUGAAGUUUCCUUACAGGAAAAAAAGAAAAAAGGGAAGGGUCCAUAGUACAGCAUCAUCUCCCAAGUCAGCGUAAGAAAACAUGAUAAAGCAAAGGGCAUGUCUCAGUAUCCUCUAAUCACAACUUACCGGAGGUGUGCUGUGGCACCCUUAGUGGGAACAGACGUGGGAGCUGCUGCACAACCACCUGACAGGGAUCAUGAGCACUCAAUUUUGUAGCAUCCAUACCCAAAUUCGGUAUUUCAGAUGCUGUUAACUAACUCAUCUCAGGCUUCUGCGUUAUUACUUAUGUGCCUUCCUAGAUGUCACUGCCCUUACCUGAUUCUGUUCCCUAGCAGUCCAUUCAGUUGUCUGUGAUGCUUGGCUAUGUCUCAUGUGCCUCCCCUCUAACCUCUUGUGAAAUC